CCGGCAGCAGGUGGGCGGGGUGCGGGCGGCGGCGGCGGGGCCCGGGGCUGCCGGUUGCGCUCGGGCCGCGCCAUGGACUUCAACAUGAAGAAGCUGGCUUCGGACGCCGGCAUCUUCUUCACGCGGGCCGUGCAGUUCACGGAGGAGAAGUUCGGCCAGGCUGAGAAGACGGAGCUGGAUGCCCACUUUGAGAACCUCCUGGCCCGGGCAGACAGCACCAAAAGCUGGACAGAGAAGAUUCUGCGGCAGACGGAGGUGCUGCUACAGCCCAACCCCAGUGCACGUGUGGAGGAGUUCCUGUAUGAGAAGCUGGACAGGAAGGUCCCCUCGCGGGUCACCAAUGGGGAGCUGCUGGCUCAGUACAUGGCAGAAGCGGCUGGCGAGCUGGGGCCCACCACCCCCUAUGGGAAGACGCUGCUCAAGGUGUCCGAGGCCGAGAAGCGCCUGGGAGCGGCUGAGAGGGACUUCAUCCACACAGCCUCGCUCAGCUUCCUCACGCCGCUGCGCAACUUCCUGGAGGGGGACUGGAGGACCAUCUCGAAGGAGAGGCGGCUUCUACAGAACCGACGUCUGGACCUGGAUGCCUGCAAGGCCCGGCUGAAGAAGGCCAAGGCUGCCGAAGCCAAAGCCACGUGUGAGGGAGAUACGGUGCCUGACUUUCAGGAGACUAGACCUCGUAAUUACAUUCUCUCGGCCAGCGCCUCCGCGCUCUGGAAUGAUGAGGUAGACAAGGCUGAGCAGGAGCUCCGAGUGGCCCAGACCGAGUUUGACCGGCAGGCAGAAGUGACCCGUCUGCUGCUGGAGGGAAUUAGCAGCACCCACGUAAACCACCUCCGCUGCCUGCAUGAGUUUGUCAAGUCGCAGACAACCUACUACGCACAGUGCUACCGCCACAUGCUGGACCUGCAGAAGCAGCUGGGCAGCUCAUCACGGUCUACAGUCUGCCUGGCAUGGACCCUGACUGGCUCAUCGGUGAAAGAGGCAACAAGAAGGGCAAGGUCCCUGUCACCUACUUGGAACUGCUCAGCUAAGCACCCCCUCCUGGCCUGGGCAGGAGAGCACACGGAGCAGCCCAGCCACCCAGGCCCCUGGUCAUCUUGCACAGAGGGAACCGGAGGCUCUUCUGCCAGUCCUGCUUCUGACCCGUGGUUUUGGAGCUCGGACCCUGCCUGUACCCCAACACCCCAACCCCCAGCUCCUGCUACGGAGGGAGGGGCCCUGGCACUCAGUGGAGCAGCUGUCAAGUACCUAGGAAAUUGGGGGAGGGAGGGGUGAGGACAUUCUUGUUUGCCAAACGCCGAGAAGGAAAGCAGCAAGGAUGGCAGUGCUCCCCAGGAAGGGACAGCCCCCAGGAGGGGACAGCCUGGCAGGAGACAGGCUGGGUCGGGCUGGAGCUGGCCUCUCCCCCACCUCACAGCGCACGCCAAGCUGGCGGCUGCAGCCUCAGCCUCUUCACUUUUUACCGGAUAUUUUUACUUCUGCCUGUCUGCUUGCUCUCAGCUGAUGGCAAAGAAUAAACCGUGCUCCGUGUGCA